UAAGAGAGAAAGAGGGAGCCACAUAUUCCAAGGGAGAAGAGAAGAGAGAAGCUGGCCGCAGGAUUCGUUUUCCAGCAGAUAGGGUCUCUUGUUUGAUCCAUAACUUGAGCUUCACUCGUCCAAAUAAGGCGUAUGAUAUACCAAAAGAAAGCUCUCAAGACGAGGAAUCUGUGAAGGCCUGGUUUGCAGGAAUCGGAGUUGUGGAAGGCUUCCAAAUCGUCCGAGUAAAACGCAACCUCGCAGGAGAGGAUUUAAUCUUCUAAAGAAUCGAGUUAGCCGGAAAACACCCGUUCUAGGGGCUGUUUUCGUAUCAACGAUUAAGGGUUGAACUGGCACUUUGAGGAGGCUGUUUAACACUCAUAUUUGAGCAAGGAAUCAGUCCCAAAUCCACCUUGACCAAAGAUUUGACCAUUGGACCAAGAAGGGAAAGUUUAAAGCUCAAUUGAGGUUGAGGCUUGAGCUUGCUUCCUGUGCUCGUUGCUCGAGAGAUCAUCUAGGAGCGAAGACUUGAAAUGGACCGUGGUGGCAGGAUUACUAGGAGAAACCCGACGGGUCGUGUACAAGUGGAGACUGGACAGGGCAGUCGAAGGACCUCUAGGGCAUCUAGAGGAGCUGGCCGUGGAGGCCAAUCACAGACCGUGAGUGACGGUCAUGUCGACACGGAAAGUGAAACCUACUGGUCCUAUGAGGACUCGACCUAUCGACCGGAAACUGAACCGGUUGAGACCCCUUAUGAAGGGGAUGAUGAUGAUGUAAGUGAUGAGGAGGAAAAUGGCUCCUUAGCACGGAUUGAAGCACUACAUCAACAGUACCACCGUGAGCGUGAGGAGAGGAGGGAACGCCGAAGGCGCCGGGCUGGGCAACCUUCGGGCGGGGCUUCAAGAGGGAGAAGCCAUGGCGACUCUAGGGCCCACAUUGAACCACAUGGGGGUCGGGGUGAUGGAGGUCCAAUCAUAAGGAUCUCCAAAUACAUCAAAGAGGCACGAGACUUGGGGUGCAAACCGUUCGAUGGGACGGGUGACAUCUCCGUUUCGGCACAAUGGAUUAAGCGGCUGAAUGAGGCAGCCCUGGACAUGCAACUCACCCCCGAAUAUAAACUAAGGGUUGCGGUGAGAUUGCUUGAAGGUAUGGCAUCCAAGUGGUGGGAUGGGACCAAAGGCAAAUAUGGCGAGACCGUCACUUGGGAGAAUUUCCGACAGGAAUUCUUUGCCCAAUAUUACUCGGAUUUUGAGGUGAACAAGAAAGUGAGGGAAUACACCCUUCUAACCCAAGGGUACCACAUGACGGUGAGGGAACUUGAGUACAAGUUCAGGGAUCUUGCCGAUUACAUACCUGAGUAUGCUUGUGACGAGAACCGGAUGGUGAACCACUUCUGGGAUGCUCUAGACUUGGAGAUACGUGACAGGGCAACACAAUUGCCUAACAUGACGUUUGCCCAAGUGGUUGACCAAGGGUUGAAAGGAGAGAAGCAAUGGGAAGAAAGGAAGAAGAGAGACGCCGAGGAGGCGAAAAAGAGAAAGUGGGAGAGUCAUGGCUCCCAAGGUUCCAACAAAAAGGGGAACCACGGAGGAGGAUCUUUCCGGGCACCACCGCCACCAUAUAGGGGGAACCAAGGCCCGAGUGGGCAAGGCGCGAGGUCACAAACCUCAGUGGUAGCUCGUUGCAACAAUUGCAAGAAGAACCACUCCGGUAAAUGUCGCGACCCCCCUAGAUGUUUUCAAUGCGGGGAUGCCGGGCAUUUGAAGGCACAUUGCCCACAAUUGAGUGGGGCAAGGACAUCGGGACCGAGUAGCGGUCCGACGGGUACACGGAGUCAAACCGGAGCUUCUCAAGCAAGCAGGGGGCAAGGGGGAGCAAGUGCGAGCAACGCGCCAUCCGUGAACCAAGGGAGGACCCAGGCUAGGGUCUAUGCGAUGACGGAGGCGGAUGCUCAAGCUAACCCGGACUCCGUUGCAGGUUGAGGCUUGAGCUUGCUUCCUGUGCUCGUUGCUCGAGAGAUCAUCUAGGAGCGAAGACUUGGUUCGUGCUUCCUCCAUUCAGAUUUUAAACAUUAAUAAACAUGCUCGUGGAUAUUUUAUUAUAGAGCCUGCGUGCUCAUGAAUAGCCCUAUGUGGCCCUUUCGUUUUAAACAAUGUUUUCCGCUGCUUUAUGAAUUACUUAUUAU